ACCCCCAUGUACUUCUUUCUCUCCAAUCUUUCCUUUGCUUUCACCUCCACCACCAUCCCCAAGAUGCAGUUGAACAUCCAGACACAGAGCAAAGUCACAACCUAUGGAGGCUGCAUCACCCAGAUAUACUUUUACCUGCUCUUUGCAGGACUAGAUGAUGUUCUUUCAACAGUGAUGGCCUAUGACAGGUUUGUGGCCAUCUGCCACCCCCUGCACUACAUAGUCAUUAUGAAACCCCAACUCUGUGGACUGCUGGUUCUGGUGCCCUGGGUCAUCAGUGGUCUGAAUUCCUUGCUAGAAUGCUUAAUGUUUUUAUGGCUGCCAUACUACACAGAUGUGGAAAUCCCCCACUUUUUCUGUGAACUCAAUCAAAUGGUCCAACUUGCCUGUUCUGACUCCUUUCUUAAUAACAUGGUUUUGUAUUUUGCAGCUCUUCUUUUGGGUGGUGGUCCUUUAGCAGGUAUCCUUUACUCUUAUUCUAAGAUAGUUUCCUCCAUACAUAGAAUCUCAUCUGCUCAGGGCAAAUAUAAACCAUUUUCCACCUGUGCCUCUCACCUCUCAGUUGUCUUUUUAUUUUAUUGCAAAGUUCUAGCAGUGUACUUUAGCUCUGCUGCUACCAAUAGCUCACACUCAAGUGCAAUAGCCUCUGUGAUGUACACUGUGGUCACACCCAUGCUGAACCCUUUCAUCUAUAGUCUGAGGAACAAAGACAUAAAGAGGGACCUGAAAAGAUUCUUUGUGAUGGAAACUACAAAAGGACAGUAG